AUGGCAAACACCCAGAGCGUUUCUGACGGUCGGAUCUGCGUGAGCUGCUUCAGUCCUGGAACGACACUAUCCGUUCUGGUCGCAGUUCCGUGUGGUCAUGUAUUCUGUAAGUCUUGCAUCUCCAGGCGCUGCACUGUCGCUUUAAAGGAUCGCACUCUGGUUCCAGCGCACUGCUGUGGUUUGGAAUUCCCGACCGAGUAUGUCAAGGAGGCGCUGCAGUCCGCAGACUUCACGACGUACUCCCGUUUCUUACGCGAACGUCAAUGGAAAUGUACUACUCUCCGCUCGGAUGUCGAAUAUGCUCAGAUGGUCAAGCGCAUUGGCGGGAUGCAGUGCCCAAGAUGCGGAGUCGGCGUCAAGAAGAUUUCAGGGUGUGAUACCAUGAAGUGCUUCUGCGGCAACCAGUUCCUCUACUUGCAUUGA